GGAAUCAACCCGUCUGGGAGUUUCAAUCCCCCUUAAUUUUUGAUAAUCAUGAUUUGUUUUCUUAAUUAAUUCUCACAUCCUUUAAUCAUUCCAAUUCCCUUUCUCUGUAGGGACUGGCAGAUCAAAAAGAUUCUGUUUCUUCUUCAUCUUCUUCUUCCUCACUCACUCAGACACAGACAAACCGAUAGGACAUUGGUUCGCUUUUAUCAACUUGGGUUCCUUCAAACAAAGACACCCUUCUUCCUGACUCUUCCCUCUCAGCCAUUUCUCCCACCCAAUUGCCCACAGAUCAUCAUCAUCAUCAUGAUGCCGGCGAACAUUUGCAGUUUCGCCGUCGCCCUCUUUCUCUCUCUUACCCUUUUGGCCUCUGCUUCUCUCUCUUUGGACGACGGCGACGACACCUCUGCUCUUACUCGCUUCCGUCUUCAAGCUGAUUCUCACGGCGGCCUUCUAAGAAAUUGGACUGGUUCUGAUGCCUGUGCUUCUUCAUGGCGUGGAGUUCAAUGCUCUGUUAAUGGCCGUGUUGUUGCUCUUUCUCUUCCUUCUAUGAACUUACGAGGACCCAUUGAGUCUCUUGCGCCGCUCCACCAGCUCCGCGUUCUCGACCUCCACGACAACCGUUUGAAUGGUACCAUUUCGCCGCUUCUGAACUGCACGAAUCUCAAGCUGUUGUAUCUCUCUGGCAACGACUUCUCUGGAGAGAUUCCGCCGGAGAUCUCUUCUCUACGGCGACUCCUAAGGCUAGAUUUGUCAGAUAACAACAUCCGCGGCGGAAUCCCGGAGGAUCUCGCUAAAUUGUCUCGGCUUCUUACACUCCGUUUGCAGAACAAUGUUCUCUCCGGUACGGUGCCCGAUUUCUCUGUUUCGCUUGUGAAUCUCACUGAACUUAAUUUAACCAACAAUGAACUGUCCGACCGGUUACCGGACGGGAUGAUGAAGAAAUUCGGCGAGAAGAGUUUCACUGGAAACGAAGGGAUUUGUGGAUCGAGUCCGUUACCGAUCUGUUCGGUUACUGGUUCACCGCCGGAGAUGGAUUCUAGCAGAACGGUACCUUCAAAUCCAAGCUCAUUGCCGCAAAACCCUAUCAUCAGUUCAUAUAAUAAAGAAUCGCGAAAAGGGCUUAGCCCUGGCGCGAUUGUCGCGAUUGUGAUCGCAAAUUGCGUAGCGUUGCUUGUAAUCAUCUCGUUUAUUGUGGCGUAUUACUGCGCUCGUGAUCGUGACCGGAGUUCAAGCUCCAUGGCCGGAAGCGAGAGCGGUAAGAGAAGGAAGAGCGGAAGUAGCUACGGCAGCGAGAAGAAGGUGUACGCCAACGGCGGCGGCGACAGUGAUGGCACUAACGCUACAGACAGAAGCAAAUUGGUGUUCUUCGAUUGGAAGAAGCAAUUCGAGCUUGAAGAUUUGUUGAGAGCGUCGGCGGAGAUGCUCGGAAAAGGAAGCUUGGGGACUGUUUACAGGGCGGUGCUGGACGACGGUUGUACGGUGGCGGUGAAGAGAUUGAAGGACGCAAACCCAUGUCCGAGGAAGGAUUUUGAACAGUAUAUGGAGGUGAUUGGGAAGCUUAAGCAUCCAAAUAUUGUUAGAUUGAGAGCUUUUUACUACGCUAAAGAAGAAAAGCUUCUGGUUUAUGAAUAUCUUCCAAAUGGGAGUCUUCAUAAUCUUCUCCAUGGGAAUCGAGGGCCAGGGAGGAUUCCAUUGGAUUGGACGACCAGGAUCAGUUUAGUUCUUGGAGCUGCUCGUGGGCUAGCAGCCAUCCAUGGAGAAUACAAAGCUUCAAACAUUCCCCAUGGCAAUGUCAAAUCUUCCAAUGUUCUUCUCGACAAAAAUGGAGUUGCUUGCAUUUCCGAUUUCGGGUUGUCUCUUCUUCUCAAUCCCGUUCAUGCCAUUGCACGGUUGGGAGGAUACAAAGCACCCGAACAAGACGAGACGAAACGACUCUCUCAAAAGGCAGAUGUUUAUAGCUUUGGAGUUUUGUUGUUAGAAGUCUUGACGGGGCGUGCUCCGUCGCUCUACCCGUCACCUUCGCGCCCACGUAACGACAAGGAAGAGUUGUCGGUGGACCUCCCGAAAUGGGUUCGAUCCGUGGUGAAGGAAGAGUGGACGGCUGAGGUGUUUGAUCCGGAGCUAUUGAGGUAUAAGAACAUUGAGGAGGAGCUUGUGUCUAUGCUUCAUGUGGGGUUGGCUUGUGUUCUUCCUCAGCCUGAGAAGAGACCAACAAUGGCGGAAGUGACAAAGAUGAUCGAAGAUAUUAGGGUCGAGCAGUCCCCGCUCGGAGAAGACUACGACGAAUCGCGUAACUCGCUUUCGCCUUCCAUUGCCGCCACAGAAGAUGGUAUGGCGUAGCCAUAAGUUUUGAGGUGGAUUGUUCCUUGAGAUGAUGUUUAGUUUAAGUUAAUAUUCUCUGCAUUUUCUCAUGCAAAUUUAUGUAUUUAUUAGAAUUUCUUUGGUGAUUACUCUUAGAAACUUUGAUCCAUGUUUGCUCUGCGUGACAGUGGGAAGCUUCACUUGAUCUUCCCAUAAACCCCUCAUUAAGCUAAUUAAUUAGUUCCCUGUCAUGUAAUUUAAGGGUUCUUUUUAAUUUUUUUAAUUCUCAUGUAAGUCUUAAAAUAAGGUAAUAUAAUGCCAUCGUGGAUUUUAUUUAA